CAAGGAUCUGGCCUCUACAGACACAGGGCCGAGACAGAUCCCUCGUUUCGGGGUCUGGAUUUGUGUCCGGGAGGGAAAAGUAGGCGCCAAUAACCAAAGAAGGCCGAGGUGAAAUACAUGACUCCAUAAGCAGCUGCAAGGUACAAUAAACAGUUUUAGCAGAGUAGGAAAUGUUGGCAGGCAAGACAGGCCGAUCGCAGAGUCGGGCUGCUGGAGAGAGGCGAGCCAGGAGCUGUGCUUUCAGGCUUUGGGCUGGUGGUGUUUGAGCUUCGGGAAAUCUACAAGUGGCCUGACAUUCGAUGUUCCAGAAAGUUCUGAGGCUUGUUGCUUGAAUUCCUUUAAAGAAGCUGAAAUAAUAGCAGAGGAGCAAGGGCCUUCUGUCUUGGAGGAUUCCGUUCUACAGAGAAUGUCCUGCACCCAUUGAUACUCCAGAUCCAACUCCAUCCUCCGAAAUGAUCCCGAUUCCCAGAAUGCCUCUGGUGCUGCUCCUGCUCUUGCUCAUCCUGGGUUCUGCAAAAGCUCAGGUUAAUCCAGCCGUAUGCCGCUACCCUCUGGGCAUGUCAGGAGGUCACAUUCCUGAUGAGGACAUCACAGCUUCAAGUCAGUGGUCAGAAUCCACAGCUGCCAAAUACGGGAGGCUGGAUUCUGAAGAAGGAGAUGGAGCCUGGUGCCCUAAGGUUCCGGUGCAACCUGAUGACCUGAAGGAAUUUCUGCAGAUUGACUUACGUACCCUACAUUUUAUCACUCUUGUGGGGACCCAGGGGCGCCAUGCAGGGGGCCAUGGCAUUGAAUUUGCACCCAUGUACAAGAUCAACUACAGUCGGGAUGGCACUCGCUGGAUCUCCUGGCGUAACCGGCAUGGGAAGCAGGUGCUAGAUGGAAACAGUAACCCUUAUGAUGUUUUCCUGAAGGACUUGGAGCCGCCCAUUGUGGCCAGAUUUGUACGCCUUAUCCCAGUCACUGACCACUCCAUGAGCGUGUGCAUGAGGGUGGAGCUUUAUGGUUGCGUGUGGCUAGAUGGCUUGGUGUCUUAUAAUGCUCCAGCUGGACAGCAGUUUGUACUCCCUGGAGGCUCCAUCAUUUAUCUGAAUGAUUCUGUCUAUGAUGGAGCUGUUGGGUACAGCAUGACUGAAGGACUAGGCCAGUUAACCGAUGGGGUAUCUGGCCUGGAUGAUUUUACUCAGACCCAUGAAUACCACGUGUGGCCUGGCUAUGACUACGUGGGCUGGCGGAAUGAGAGUGUUACCAAUGGCUACGUUGAGAUCAUGUUCGAAUUUGACCGAAUCAGGAAUUUUACUACCAUGAAGGUCCACUGCAACAACAUGUUUGCUAAGGGGGUGAAGAUCUUUAAGGAGGUCCAGUGCUUUUUCCGCUCUGAAGGCAGCGAGUGGGAGCCCACGGCUGUCUCGUUUCCUCUCGUUCUGGACGACGUGAACCCCAGCGCUCGGUUUGUAACAGUGCCUCUCCACCACCGAAUGGCUAGUGCCAUCAAAUGCCAGUACCAUUUUGCCGACACAUGGAUGAUGUUCAGUGAGAUCACGUUCCAAUCAGAUGCUGCAAUGUAUAACAACUCUGGAGCCCUACCUGCCUCUCCCAUGGCACCCACAACCUAUGAUCCCAUGCUUAAAGUUGAUGAUAGCAACACCCGGAUCCUGAUCGGAUGCUUGGUGGCCAUCAUCUUCAUCCUGCUGGCUAUCAUCGUCAUCAUCCUGUGGAGGCAGUUCUGGCAGAAGAUGCUAGAAAAGGCUUCACGGAGGAUGCUGGAUGACGAGAUGACAGUCAGCCUUUCCCUGCCCAGCGAGUCCAGCAUGUUCAAUAACAACCGCUCCUCAUCACCAAGUGAACAGGAGUCCAACUCUACUUACGAUCGAAUCUUUCCCCUUCGCCCCGACUACCAGGAGCCAUCCAGACUGAUCCGAAAGCUGCCAGAAUUUACUCCAGGGGAGGAGGAGCCAGGCUGCAGUGGUGUUGUGAAACCAGCCCAGCCCAAUGGCCCUGAGGGUGUGCCCCACUAUGCAGAAGCCGACAUAGUGAAUCUCCAGGGAGUGACAGGUGGUAACACCUACUCUGUGCCUGCUGUCACCAUGGACCUACUCUCGGGAAAAGAUGUGGCCGUGGAAGAGUUCCCCAGGAAACUCCUGGCCUUCAAGGAGAAGCUGGGAGAAGGCCAGUUUGGGGAGGUUCAUCUCUGUGAAGUGGAGGGAAUGGAAAAAUUCAAAGACAAAGAUUUUGCCCUGGAUGUCAGUGCCAACCAGCCUGUGUUGGUGGCCGUGAAAAUGCUCCGAGCAGAUGCCAACAAGAAUGCCAGGAAUGAUUUUCUUAAGGAGAUAAAGAUCAUGUCUCGGCUCAAGGAUCCAAACAUCAUCCGUCUCUUGGCUGUGUGCAUCACUGAUGACCCACUCUGCAUGAUCACAGAAUACAUGGAAAACGGAGAUCUCAACCAGUUUCUUUCCCGCCACGAGCCUCUGAGUGCUUGUUCUAGCAGUGCCACGGUCAGUUACGCCAACCUGAAGUUCAUGGCUACCCAGAUUGCCUCUGGUAUGAAGUACCUUUCGUCUCUUAACUUUGUCCACCGAGAUCUGGCCACACGAAACUGCUUAGUGGGCAAGAAUUACACCAUCAAGAUAGCUGAUUUUGGAAUGAGCAGAAACCUGUACAGUGGGGACUACUACAGGAUCCAGGGCCGGGCAGUUCUGCCCAUCCGCUGGAUGUCCUGGGAGAGCAUCUUGCUGGGCAAAUUCACCACAGCAAGUGAUGUAUGGGCCUUCGGGGUGACUCUGUGGGAGACUUUCACCUUUUGCCAGGAGCAGCCCUAUUCCCAGCUGUCCGAUGAGCAGGUUAUCGAGAAUACUGGAGAGUUCUUCCGAGACCAAGGGAGACAGAUUUAUCUCCCUCAGCCAGCCAUUUGCCCCGACUCUGUGUAUAAGCUGAUGCUCAGUUGCUGGAGAAGAGAAACCAAGCACAGACCAUCAUUCCAAGAAAUAUACCUUCUGCUUCUUCAGCAAGGGGAUGAGUGAUGCCGCCCAUGCUCCUGUGGCCCAGGUCCUCCCCACAAGACCCGCUCACCCACGUCCAUGCCACUCCAUCUGGACAUUUAAUGGACCUGAGAGACAGAGAAUUACUCACUCUGCCUUCUUACUGUCUCUUGCCUCUUCCACUACACUUCCCUACUCUCUACCACUGACUCAUAUAUACUUUUUUUUACGUGAAAUAACUAAAAAAGAGAAAAAAAAUAUAGAGCAGAUAAAAUUUAGUAAAAGAAAUAUUACUUGAUAUACCAAAGUGUUAGAUAAUGAAGACUAGAAAUUCAGAUAAUUUAUAAAGGUUAUGCUUAUGUUUAUGUGUCCUGCAAUAGUUUUUUUCCAUGUCACUUUCUGUAAAAUACCUUAAGAAAGAAAAACUUGAAGAAUAUGAAUGUCUUGGGAAACAUGAGAUUAGAGAUUAGGCUUAAGGGAAACACUUGGUAGUGGUGAAGAAUUGUGGGACUUGGUAUUCCACAGCUAAUGGAUGGUUUUUCCGACUUGGAUGUGUCCCGCUCUCAGCUCUCGCUCCCUCUCUCUCCUGUUAAAGUGAGUGACAUGUUCUUAAAAAGCUCUGCCUUGUUUCUUGGAAUGAAUGUUUUCUUCAUCGCUGGCCCGAGAUCAGGGCAUAGCUAUGAAACAGGGCAUAUGGGUAGGCAAAAGUAUCUGUUGUAAGGCUUGUAGGAGUGUAGUUGGACACAGGAAGGAAAGGUUGAACAGGGUCCUCAGUAGAUAGAAGUCAUAGGAAAGGAGAUCCAUGGAGGAUGAGUAGCAAGUAUACUCUUUGUUGUUCACGUGUGAGGGUCUUCUCUGUCUUGCUUAAUCACUUUCACCUGUGUGUUUUGCUGACAACUUGACUUUAAUCAGUAAAGCCUGGUGUUUUUAUAUUUUAAUGGUUUGCUCCUUUGGUUCAUCUUACCCACUUCUAUUUCUUCCAAUAUGUGCUGCCUCAGUGGGACCUGUAGGCUAGGGUCUGAAUAUCUGAGGCAUAAAUAUCCAAUUCCAUGUCCAACAAACAGUAGGCCUGUCCUGAGUGUUCCCAAAAGGUUGGCCUAGACCACUGAAAGAAGUUAGAGGAAGACUUACUUGGGAAAAUAUGGAAUCAGAAGAUAGGGAUGUAAAUGGGCUUCCCCAGAGGUGAGGAGUCUCUCUGAAAAGUUUCAGAUACUAGCUGAAAAAUUAUGCAAGGAAGAGGUUCUUGACCCCUGGAUAUAUAUGUCUGUAUGUGAUAAUGAAGGAACAGCUAUUCUGUGUCACUGAGUGUGCUUUUGCCAAUGAGAGUGUGGAUGGAGGCAAAGCCUGAGUUUCUGGCUUCAGGAUUCAUGAAAACUGGUGGACAAUCAAGCAAGUGUCACCUUCGAGAGGAUCUUAAAUUCUUAUCCUCCACAGAUUCUCAGAUUCAGCAGGAAUCUAGGAAAACCAAACUUAGAGUCCUAUAGAGGAAAACCAAGAAAAGGUUACCAAAUAAGCUUCCCUUGGCUGAAAGAAAAAUAGCCGUGCUCUGCUUCUGUUGUCUACCCAGCCAGCUUGCUCCAUGGUCUCUUGAAUGUUCCUUGGUUGAGACUCAGCAUGGUUCCAGGAUACAGCAUAGCUGUAACUCUAAGUCUUAAAAUUAAUUUUGUAGAUCCCAUUCAGUCCUCGAAAAUUCCCCUUUCCCAUGGCUUUUCUAUCAUUCUCAGCCUUAGUCUUUCCCCAGACUAACUUGGGCAUUGAUUGGAGAUGGAGGAGAGCACUGGGUUUGGAACUCUGGCCCUCUUUCUGCUCCAAGGCAAGCUUGCUAUCUUCCCAAGUCUUGUUGUCUCUCUGAAUUUGUUUCCUUGCCUGUCUAUUAAGAAAUUUGAAUUAGAUGGUCUAGAAAUCCGGUGUUCUGCUAUGUUUUGUGCUUGCUGAAGGACUAGAUUUGUGGUUGAUGUAGAUUCAGUUACUGCUUGGAAAAUUGUGGCCAGUAAUAGAGAUCCUCACAGACAUUUCAGUAAGAACCACACCUGCCUUGUAUCUUUUUUCAAGUGACCAGGUAUUUCUACACAUUAUCUCAUUUUGUAUUUCUAGGUCCGGACAUAUUUCUUUCACAACUCCUGACUAUAUACUUUAGGAUUCUAUUCCUUUACCUGCCAUUUAAAAAUCAUGUUUAAAAAUGAAAAUUUCAGGACUUUGCAUUAUAGAAGUAAUUUGUUCCAGAUGGCUAUCAAAUAUGUAUCAUCAUGUACAGGCACUUUUAAUAUUUGUUUUUGGUAUGAAGGAGGCUCUACCUUCUGGCACUGAAACUUUUAUAUUACAGACACAGGUUUAGUUUCUAUUUACACUUGUAGAGUUUAGCAAUAUGGUAUAAACAUAGUAGAUGAUAGGGGCUUACUAUGUAGACAUAGCAGGUAGCUCAAAUCUAAAUUAGAGGGAUGAAGGUUGGCUUUGGAAAAAGAAAGCAGAAACAGACGAGAAACUAGGGGUUAUUGUUAUUUUCCCAAGUUAUUCAUGAUGAUAUAUGUGAAACACUUAUGUCAAGAUGUCCUUUAGACUGUCAAAUCUCAAUUUAUACCUUUAUCAAUACCUGUAUUGGUAGUCAGGUCCAUUAUUUUUUUAGUACUGGGAUCACACCCAGAGCUCAUACAUGCUAGGCAGGGGCUCUGUCAUUGAUCUAUAGCCUCAGUAUCUAUGUUCAGAUCUUGACCUGUUGACCAGACAAAUAUGUAACUACAUCACAUAUGUAGUGACCUGGAAUGGAAAGAAGUGCCCUGAGGGCAUAAUGCAUCGUUGGAGUUGUGGAAAGAUCACCUGUGAGUGCUCAAGACUGUAGAACAAAAGAGGGCUGUACGCAAGUGUGUAAGAAGUAUUUUCAACAGUGGUUACACAAAUGUGUGUGUCUGUGUGUGUGACCAGAUGGAGAGGAUGAGGAGAAAAUGAGAAAGAAGGCGCCAUAAAGAGAGGCAAGGAGAAGAUAUGGGAAGAUACAGGGCUAGGCAAGGCAGGCUGUCUGGAGGGCAUGAAAGCAACUCUGAUAUAUGAAAAGAGAUCUGAGAACGGCUAGAAAAAGUGGCUUUGAAAAGAAUGCAGGGUAAGUAAAAGAAGAAAUGCUGGAUGGGAGAGCCUAUGUUUAUUAAAAUGACGUUAGGUACACUGUAGGAAAUGGAAGGGAUUUUUGCAGAGUUAAGGAAAGGGAUGGUCUUUGUGGAUAUAGAAACAGGUAACCAUCAGAGCCGUAAGGGAGUGACAUUUCCAUCUCAGGGGACGUGGGGACGGGAGGCACUUUGCUCCCCUGUGUGUUCUAGACCACAUUUAGUGCUGGUAACAAGCCAAUGCGGUCUGUGCACUGGGAUCGGUGUUCCAUGUGCUUUUCGGGAGUGGAGAUCUAGGAAUGGGGAGCUUUCGCUCAUUAACGAAUCAUCUCCUUUCAAUAAUGCUCAUCAUUGCUGGGUCCAGGAUGGCCACGGGAACAUGAAAACAGUAGGUGUAAAUCAGUCAAGACUCAGUCUUUUGUGAUGUUUAACAGACAGAGGGAGUGCCAUACUGGAAACCUGUUUGUUUAGCGCCACCCAGCAUCCCACAAGAAAACCCUGGUGAAGGGCUGGGCUGUGCAUUUUAAGGAAAGAAGAGAAGGGUGUGUGUGUCAGGAUGAAGGAACCAGGGGAAGAUGUUCUGAAGACAUUCACUAGAAAACUUUUUAUCCAAAAGUACUAAAUAAAGAUAACUACAAUACAUUGACCAUUGCGACUUUGAUCCUAAGUUGAAUUCAUGGGCCUGGCAUUUGCUAUCACAGUCCUCUUUUCUUUUUGUUUUUGUUUUUUGUUGUUGUUUUUGAACCCUAUCUCCUUAGGUACUGUGUGGGGUACACCCCUAAUGUUUUGGCAAGAUACAGAUUCCCCCUAAUGUUUUGGCAAGAUACAGAUUCUGGUAUACUCCGGGAAAUCUUUUUGAACUGAGGUUUCAUAUUCUAGAAACAGAUGAAUGUCAUUAGCAUUUGGUGAAUUAUCUGGAAUCCUGAAUUAAGAAGGAAAGAAACUGGGUAGUUACUAAGAAUUUGAUUUUGAGCAGUUUUAACCCUCUUCUCUAAUGAGCUCAAUAGGCUGGCAGGAAAAGACUGAGGAGUGACUGUGUAGGUGACCAAUACUUUUAAGAAACAUUUUAUUUUGCAAUUAUCUGAGAAUUGAAAUGACGUACAAAAGAAUCAGUACAAUCCUGAUUUAGUUCCUUCUCAGCAAUAAUAUUUCAGUCUAUUUUCAUCCAUUGAAACCAUGGUCUACUUUGAGCCCUUUUCAAAACUAAACUCUAGGCUUGUCUUGGGUUUCACCAGUUUUCCUACCUUGUACUCACUUGCUCACUGGAUAUUACUAGCCUUUGUUGGUCUGUAACCUGACCUUGGUGGCAUACAUCAUGAAAGACUCUAUCUGGAUAUUAUUCUACAAACUAGAGAAAACAGCAAAUGGACAAGCUCAUCUAUGAGUGAACAAUAUCCUACCUAUUUGCUGAAUCCACUUUCUUAAGUAAUGCUCAUCAUUGCCGGAACUCCAAUGUCCACAGAAUUACACACCAGGCAAGCUUAAUAAUGACUUCCUCUGUUUGGACUCCAAACAGCCUAAGAACAACUUAAGAAGAGUAACAACAUAAAAGGCAUUUAGGCAGAAGGAAACUCUAAACAGAAGAGCAGGACUUUUGUUAGUGACAAGAGAGCUUUAGGGUAAACCAAUACUUUGGUCAAGAACAAAGUGGUGCUUAAUGAAAGCAGGGGUAGUUUGUGGAUAGAAUGUAACACAAAUACAAGGUGAGAUUAUACACUGUCUUCAGAGUAGGAGAUAAGCUUCUUUAGCUUAGCUGUUUGUCCUUAAUUGCAACAUCAGCUGCUAAAUUAAACGUAAACACAAUAGCUUUGUGGUGAAAGGUUGGGUUUUCUGUUAGACAUUUUGAAUAUAAUUGUCUGUGGCUUAUGAAGUUCCUAUCACACAAGGGAAUAGUUUGUGAAUUUUAUGUCUUUGAUGAAUAAAGUGUGGAAAAAUUGUUAUGUAUCACAAAUGUUAAAUUUUGGGAGAAAUACUUCAUAACAUAGAGGGCUUAGUUUCAAUUAUGAAAGAAAGGGAAAAAAGGGUCCUUCAGGCAAUGUAUCCCCUUGAAUCCUUUGUAAUAUGAAACUGGUUCAGGCAGCCAUGCAAGGUAGUUCUCACAGGGCUCUAGGUCAAAGGCAGAGAGAAGACUCUGGCCCCAAAUCCAGCUCUUUUGAAACAAGCUAUUUCGUUUCUACUCGAGACACCUUGCCAGUGACUUUACUGGUCUCACAGGAGAACAGAUCUGUUUCAAGGCUGAUCUGCAAUCGCAAUUGUAUGUCAAGAAAUCAUUUGCCAAAGCAAAGGCCAGACAACUGCUUUCAGUGCAAAGGGUGUUUUUGUUUUUUUGUUUUUUUUUUAAAGCUUGGGUAACGGAGAAAGUUGAGAGCAUUCCUGCACACACACCAGGGGUUUGUAAUCUACACUAUUCACCGGAAUGGCUCUUUGCUAUUCACGGAUUCACCUCUUCUUGCCCACGUCCUGUCUCUGAGGACUGACCUUCUGCAGCAAUAUGGUGGACUCUUCUAUGAUGAGGCAACAUCUGGCUUAACUCCACAGGCCAUGGUGGAAAUGUGUCUUGUCAGGGGCUAAAAAGCAAAUGAUUUAAUUUCAGCGUAAACCUAUCAUAGUCAUUCUAAAAUGAAGUCCAUAAAAAUCCUCUGUAUUAGGAAAAGGAAUGGAACGUGAUGCCAAUUGUAUGUUUUCUCUCCUUUAUUUAUUCUCUGUAACUCUGUUGGAUGAUGAAUUGUAAAUAAUUUAAUCAGUAAUUAAAGAGCCAUGCUACAGA